AUGUAAUCUGAGAGAGAAGAGUUUGUAGACGAGCUAACCUAAUUGAAAAUAGAGAGAUCUAAAAGAAGACAAAGGAAAGAAUGGGAAUUGAAAUUGAUGGGAAAAUGCAUCACUUGGUUGAUUUAUGCAUACGCAGCAGGGAUAGUAACAACGGGAUUGAACUAUUUAAUGGUAAUUAAAGCCAUCGAACUAUUAGUUAGAUAAAAGUUAUAAAUAUGAAGGAAUUGUUGAGGACAGCUGUUAGGACUUUAAAACACUCAAAUCAGUGAAUGACUAAAUAUUCCCUCUCUUAGAUGAAUUGACUGUAAAAUUAAGAAUUGAAAUUAUAGUACAAAAAAUAUUUUAAGAUCUUCAGAGUGAACUUAGAAAAUGAUUGUCCAUUUUCAAUCGGCGAAUAUAUCUGCACAAGUAAAAAAUGUGUGAUAUGUACUUGCAACACAUCGGAAGUAAAUAAGAGAUUAAUAUAUUCUAGAUUCCUUCAAAUUGGUUAUCUCCAGCAUCCUCGCCUAUUAAUUAACCAAAGGACAAUUUCGCAUUCUGGGAUUCAGAGAGAUAUCUAUGUAAAUUGGUAAUUGAAGUGUAGCUCCUUCUGAAUGGAUAUGGCACGUUGAGGAUAUCGAAAAUGACAAGGGAGUGUACGUGGACUUAAAACUAAAUCCUGAGGCUUUCACAGGAUACCAAGGACAACACAUUUGGGAUGUGAUAUAUAGGGAGAAUUGUUAUUAAGGUUCUUUGAAUGAAAUGUGUAAGGAGAAGAGAGCCUUAAAUAAAUUGGUUCAAGGUUUGCAUACUUCAAUAUCAACUCAAUUAAGUGAAUUCUAUGUGGAUUUAGCGACCAAUAAAACCUAUCCAAAUUAUCCAUUGUAUUUUGAAAGAGUGGGCAACCAUCCUGAAAGAAUCCGAAAUCUGUUCUUUUUAUAUUCGGUUCUUUUGAGGGCAGUGUAAUUGGCAACACCAGGAAUUCAAAAACACGAAAUAAAUUCAAUGUCGUUUGAGGAAGAUAGUAGAUCCAAAUAUUUAUUGAGUAAUAUCUUAACUUUAGGAAACAAUUAAUGUUCUAAACCUUUUGAUGAAUAGUAGUUCUUCAAUCAAAUAACCUUUGUAAGUUAUAUUAAUAUUGUUAGGAGUAAAAGAAAGAUUAUCAACGAUAUAUUCACAAUAUAAGUAGAAUUAUGGAUUGUGUGGAAUGCCAAAAAUGUAGAGUGUUUGGAAAGAUGCAAACAUAUGGGUUGGGAACAGCCUUAAAGAUUCUGUUUUCUGAAUCUCCAAGUGAAUUUUCAGGGAAGUUGAAAAGAAAUGAGUUGGUUGCUUUAAUCAAUACAUUUGGAAAGGUGUCAAGUUCUGUAAAAUCAAUCGAUCUAAUGUUUGAAAGGAGGGCCAGAUUUAAUUACAAUCUGAUUGUUACAAUUGGUAUUGUUGGAGGAGUCUUCAUUAUAUUUAUGGUGGCAAUCAGAAAAAUCUACUAAGAAAUGGACAAAAAAAUAUAAAACAUGUUUAAAGGAAUGCCUAAUGACAACCCCUAACAACCGAGUAAAAACACCAAGAGCAAACGGGAUUGAAUUAAAACAUAGA